AUGUUUUCUUUUGACUUUUCACUCUUUUGGUUUUUACUGCUUCUUUCCAUUUCCGCCUUCCGCUUGGAGUUCAUUCAUCAUGUAUUCUUUCACAUUUCACUCAUUUGGUUUUUUUACUGCCUCUAUCCAUUUUCCGCCUUCCGCUUUGACUUCAUUCAUCGUGUAUUCUUUCACAUUUCACUCAUUUGGUUUUUUACUGCUUCUUUCCAUUUCCGCCUUUCGCUUGGAGGUCAUUCAUCAUGUAUUCUUUCACAUUUCCUCAUUUUGUUUUUUUACUGCUACUUUCCAUUUUCCGCCUUCCUCUUUGAAUUCAUUCAUCAUGUAUUCUUUCACAUUUCACUCAUUUGGUUUUUACUGCUUCUUUCCAUUUUCCGCCUUCCGCUUGGAGUUCAUUCAUCAUGUAUUCUUUCACAUUUCACUCAUUUCGUUUUUACUGCCUCUAUCCAUUUUCCGCCUUCCGCUUUGACGUCAUUCAUCGUGUAUUCUUUCACAUUUCACUCAUUUCGUUUUUACUGCUUCUUUCCAUUUUCCGGCUUCCGCUUUGACUUCAUUCAUCAUGUUUUCUUUGACUUUUCACUCAUUUGGUUUUUACUGCUUCUUUCCAUUUUCCGCCUUCCGCUUGGAGUUCAUUCAUCAUGUAUUCUUUGA